UGCUUGCCGCUGAGGCAGCUGAGACAGCUUGGCUCCUCCAGCAAGCUUGGCUCUCAGCCAAUUUUAGAGGGCGUCCGAGGAGCUACAGACAGCGUCAAUCCGGAUUCGUGUGGCCCCUCGACAGCUGAGAAAGCCUGAAGGUCUGCUCCUGCGCAGCUGCGCGCUGGUCUCGUACAGAGAGCAUCAGGCCUCUCCCAGAGUUGUCGGAGCAACCAUGGCCCGCGUGGUGGUGUCACUCGUCCUCACAACGCCAACGGCGCUCGCGUUGACGCUGCCGACGCGAUCCGCGCGUCUCCCAGGCCGGCGGGCUGUCGCCGUCGCCGCCGCGCCGGUUGCCGUCGCCGCCGCGCCCGCGGCGCUCCCAACACUCGCGGCAGCGUGCGCGGUGCCGACCUGUCUCGGCUUCUACAAGCGCGAAUACGGCGUGUCGUACGGCUACGGCCUGUCGAUUCUGAGCGCGGCGGGGCUCGUGCUGCGCGCGGAGCCCACGGGCAUCGCGCGCGCGCACGCGCUGGUGCACGUCUGCUACGGCGCGCGGCUCUGCGCGUUCCUGCUGUGGCGGGAGCUGUCGGUGGCCAAGUUCCGCAAGCUGCGCGAGAAGAUCGAGCGCUCGGCGCCGCAGGGCUCGCGCCUGAAGCGUGCGCCCUUCAUCAUCCAAUGCGGGCUCCUCUACUGGCUCAUGUCGCUGCCCGUCGUCGCGUCGGCGCGGGGCGCGGCGCCGGCGGGCCUCCGCGGGGCGCUCGCGGCGACGGCGUGUGUCGGAGCUUGGGCGGGCUUUGCGCUCGCGGCGGUCGGCGACGCGUACAAGAGCUUCGCCAAGAGAAGGGACCCCGGAAAACUCGUCACGGGAGGACCCUUCGUGCUCUUCCGCCAUCCAAACUACCAGGGCGAGCAGUUGUUGUGGCUCUCGAGCUGGGCCGUGGGGCUACUCCACAUGAAUUUGGGCGUCGCGUCGGCGGCGACGGCCUUCGCGUCGCUCCUCGGCUGCGCUGGAAUCCAGUUCGUACUGCUCCGCGCGACGACGAAUCUCGACGCGCGCCAGGCUGUCCAGUACGGCGACGACGCCGCGUACCGCUCCUGGAAGGCGUGGCGCGGCCCGAUCGCCAAGGCCGAGACGGGGUCCAAGACCGACGUCUCCGAAUUGUAUAACUAGUUGAAUCGUUA